GUUUGAUUUCUUCUUCUGCUUGUUUGACCCCUCGCUUGUGUCUUUUACCUAAUUGUUACUGCAUGAAACUGAGACCAUGAAUCACAUUAUUAGCUCACGUGACGUGGGCUCAGUGCACUCCGGAUCAGCAGGUGGCGCUGUAUAUCAUUGUACAUCUGUACAGUAACAAUGAAGGCAUUGUACCACCGCACGUUUUAAGUCAGAGAAGAAAAACUCAGCCAGUAAGAAGCGGAGGAACUGCGCACGAGCGUUGUACAACAUGGAGGUGUCGGUGAGCGGUUUGGGCCGCAGAGGUUCUACCUGCGUGUUUCCGGUCGGUUCUGUGGUCAGGCACGUCCUGGACCGGCUCGUGCCGCUUCCGGAGGAUUUCUACGUCACCAGAGAUGGGCGCCGGGCACACCUGGACGAUCCUCUGGAGCAUGGAGCUGUCUAUCACCUGGAGCUCCGCCUCCUUGGAGGGAAAGGAGGGUUUGGUUCGAUGCUGCGCGCACUUGGCGCUCAGAUUGAAAAGACGACCAAUCGAGAGGCCUGCAGGGACCUCAGUGGGCGGAGACUCAGAGACGUCAACCACGAGAAAGAGAUGGCGGACUGGCUGAAGAAGCAAGCGGAGCGCGAGGCAGAGAAGGAGCAGCGGCGUCUGGAGCGCUUGCAGAGGAAGCUCAAUGAGCCCAAACACCAGUUCACCGACGCAGAGUACCAGCAGCAGUGCCACGACCUGUCCGAGCGACUCGAGGACUCGGUGCUCAGAGGUCUGCAGGCUUCCUCCAGCAGCCAGGUGAAGGUGGACGACAUGUGCGGCGCCAAGAGGCUGAACUCUGAUCAGAGAGAGCAGCCUGCGAAGAAGAAGACGAAGACGGCAGGAGGAGGAGGAGGAGGAUGCUUCUGGACGGGGCUGGAGGAGAUGGACGAGCUGAUGAGCUCAGAUGAUGACGAGGCUCCGUCCACAUCCAGCUGUGAAACUGCUGCUGCCAUCGCUACCAUGACAACACGAAGAGAGGCGGCAGAGUCUGAGGAGGGUAGCAGUGGAAGCACCAGAACCACACAGAUCCCCAAGGAGACCUCCAGAGACCAGACUGGGACACCGUCAGAGGACCGGGACCCUGAGGAGACCUCCAGGGACCAGACUGAGACACCGUCAGAGGACCUGGACCCUGAGGAGACCUCCAGGGACCACACUGAGACGCGCUCAGAGGACUUGGACCCUGAGGACACCUCCAGGGACCAGACUGAGACACCGUCAGAGGACCGGGACCCUGAGGAGACCUCCAGGGACCAGACUGAGACACCGUCAGAGGACCGGGACCCUGAGGAGACCUCCAGGGACCAGACUGAGACACCGUCAGAGGACCUGGACCCUGAGGAGACCUCCAGGGACCAGACUGAGACACUGUCAGAGGACCUGGACCCUGAGGAGACCUCCAGGGACCACACUGAGACACGCUCAGAGGACCUGGACCCUGAGGAAACCUCCAGGGACCACACUGAGACGCGCUCAGAGGACCAGAACCAUCCUGGACCGUCCAAACCAUCAGAGUCAAGCGGGCCGUCUCAACAGCAGCUGGAUUUGCUCUCGGCAUCGUCUGUCGAGCAGCUGGAGUCUCUGGGUUUGGACGUCUUGAAAAAAGAACUGAUGUCUCGUGGGUUGAAGUGUGGGGGAACGCUGUCGGAGCGCGCUGCUCGACUCUUCGCCAUCAGAGGACUGAGCGCAGAUCAGAUCGACCCGCUGCUGCUCGCCAAACCGACAAAGCCCAAGAAGAAGAAAUGAAACGCUGAAAGUGGCGUGUUCAGCGUUCCUUCGAGUGUGAGAAUAUUAAUCACGGAAGACAUUUAGACUUUUUCCUGAUGUGAGAUGAGCUUUCUGAUUGGUUCAGACAAUCACAUGUAUAUUUUAUUAGAGGUUCUGUCCAGUCAGAAAGCAGGACGUUCACACACGUCUGUGCUUCAGUUUGAAUUUAACCACUUCCUGUUCAGCUUUUAAUAAACGUCUGAAACUAAACAUCAGGUG